UAAAUGAUGUGACUCAACAAAUACACCCACCUCAGAUGUUACAAUGGGUUACAGAAGAGAAAGAUCACAAUGCUAUUGUCAAGGGUAGAUGUUGUUUCUACAGGUCACCAGCAACAGACGCAGUGGCGUGGUCGGAGAACAUGGACACGGUUUUAACCAACCAAGCUGGUCUAGACGCCUUCCGAACAUUUCUAAAAUCAGAAUUUAGUGAAGAAAAUGUUGAGUUCUGGCUUGCCUGUGAGGACUUCAAGAAAACAGAGAGUGCGGAAAAAAUUGCUUCCAAAGCCAAGAUGAUUUAUUCUGAAUUCAUUGAGGCCGAUGCCCCUAAAGAGAUUAACAUUGACUUCAGCACCAGGGACCACAUUUCAAAGAACAUUGCAGAGCCAACUCUCAAAUGCUUUGACGAAGCUCAGAAGUUAAUCUACAGCCUCAUGGCCAAGGAUUCCUUCCCGCGGUUUCUAAAGUCAGAGAUCUAUAAGACACUGGUAAACAGCAAACAGGUUGGAAAUCAUAGAAAAUGGCUCCCUUUCUUGUAAGGAAGGUAAAUGACAAACUAAUAAUCAGGUGACAAUUUGGGGGAAAACAAGUGAUUGGACAGAACAUCUCUUAAUCCUACACAACAAGGCAAAACUGUUUUCCAUACAAAGCACAAUGUAAGAUUUUUAGGGUUUAGAAAACUUUUUUUUAACUCCAAUGGAAAAAUAAUAUUUUAAGUAUGACGUCUAAAUUGCUCAGUCAUUUGUUUAGAACUUUUUCUUGUAGCAGGUAGUUAAAAAUCUUCUCCUGGGGGAGUUUAAAGGGAGCUUGUACAGAUAAAAUACACUCAAACCACAAGUGGGAUUCUUGUGACAUUAUAAAUUCAGGGAAUUAUAUGUCUUUGUGUGACCAAGUGGAGGUGGGUUAGC